AUGUGUGGGUCCCAGGCCAACAGGGUAUCCAAGGUCACGGUAACAAAGCGGUCCGUUAUCCCACCAGCUUCACUUACACAUGUCCCAUGCUCUGGGGAGGAUCUGCAACAAGAUUUCUUUAUCGAAGCGAGGCCCGGCCUCAAAGUUAUGAUAGCUAGAACUUUACACCAAGGAGGAGAUCACCCUUCAUUGGCAGUCAUUAAUAUGUCCAAUAAUUUCCAGGUGCUUAAGAGGGGACAGUGGGUGGCCACGGCUCAAGACCCUCUGGAGAUUAGCCCAGAGGUAGAGGGAGUAAGGGGUGAAGCAAGUGCUAGGGUGAAUCGGGUAGCCAAGGGGCCACCAGAACAAACACAGGUACCUGAACAUUUGAGGGUAAUAUUAGACAGGAAAUACGAGCACUUAACUGAUGAGCAAACUGCAGAUCUGAAAAGUUUGUUGAUUGAAUUUCAAGAUGUCUUUGCUAAGGACGAUCUUGAUUUAGGGCAUUUUAGAGAAAUCGAACAUGCAAUCGACACUGGGCAUGCUCGUCCGGUUAAAGCACGCAUGCGACGCACUCCGGUCGGAUUCGCGGCGGAGGAGGAGGCACAUCUGCACAAAAUGUUGGCCGCGGGGGUCAUAAGGCCUUCAAUAUCGGAGUGGGCCUCGCCCCCCCGUGUUAAUUCGGAAGAGAGACAAUACGGUUAG